AUGAAGGAAGAUGGCAAUGGGAUGUGGAUUGGUCAGCGGAAAACAUGGCGGAGAGAUGAGGAUGGUGGUGUGCGAGCAGCAGUGAAGAGGGAAGAGGCAAAAAUGUUGUCUACUAUAAAAACCGGAACGCCACUUGACUACGCUUUCCUCUGCUCGCCGCCGGCCACACGAGAAUUUAAUCAUCGCCGCUGGUUCUAUACUUUACUCUAUCCGGUCCUCUUUAAUCCCAGGAAAAUUCUAGUUGCUUUGUCUGUGCUUCGUAUAUUCAUGGUUGCUUCUUAUUUUUCCUUUCGGUUUCUCAGAAACCACAAACCCCUUUUGCGUUUUCGUGUUGAUCGGUUUUCUUGCUAUGCAAACACCACCGCUAAUUGUUUUCAUUCACAACCCCAAUUGAAACAGAACAAACCCAUUAAGAAAAUCGCCAGAAAGUUCAAGAAAACUAACAAACCAAACAUCAAAAAAGAGAAUGUAGUAAAUCCAAUAGUGUACAUGAAAGAUACAAUCAGAACCAUAUCAAACAUACUUAGGUAUUCGACUUGGGAUUCUGCUCAAAAACAGUUGGAAACCCUUGGCAUUAAAUGGGAUUCUUACACAAUCAAUCAAGUUCUCAAAACCCACCCUCCAAUGGAAAAAGCUUGGCUGUUCUUCAAUUGGGCAUCUGGAUUGAAAAAUUUCAAGCACGAUCAGUUCACGUACACUACUAUGAUGGAUAUAUUUGGGGAAGCAAGGAGAAUUUCGUCAAUGAGGUUUGUUUUCCAGCAAAUGGAGGAGAAGGGGAUUAAAAUUGAUGUGGUUACUUAUACUUCGAUGCUACAUUGGCUAUCGAAUGAUGGGGAUAUUGAUGGGUCUGUGAAGUUAUGGGAGGAGAUGAAAGAGAAAGGCUUUUAUCCAACUGUUGUUUCUUACACUGCUUAUAUGAAGGUUCUUUUUCAUCAUGGUAGAGUCAAAGAGGCCACUAAAAUUUACAGGGAGAUGAUUCAGUCUGGUUGCCCUCCAAAUUGUUUUACUUACACCGUCUUAAUGGAGCAUCUUGCUGCUUGUGGAAAAUUCAACGAGGUCUUAGAUAUCUUUAUUAAGAUGCAAGAAGCAGGAGUGCAACCCGAUAAAGCUACAUGCAACAUUCUAGUUGAAAAUUGUUGCAAAGCUGGUGAAACAUCGGUUAUGAUGAAGAUUCUUCUUUAUAUGAAAGAAAACUCACUUGUACUUCGCCAACCCGUAUACGCAAAAGCCCUUGAAACUUUAACAAGUGCAGGGAAAAGCGAUGUUCUUCUCAAGGAAUCAAAUCGCCAUUUAUCAAUUCAGCAAACUAAAGUGGAACCUUUAGAAAGUACAAUUUCAGACACAAGCUCCAUAGAUGAACACCUUGUGUUAAAUCUUUUGACCAGAAAACACUUCGUUGGGGUUGACUUUUUACUAAAAGAUAUGAUGGAGAAGACCGUUCCGUUGACUUCCGGGAUUCUUUCAUCGGUUAUUGAAGCGUGCGUUGCUCAUGAUAGACCUCAUGGUGCGGUUUUGGCGUAUGAAUUGGGUAAAAAAACGGGGAUGAAAUUUGAGAAAGUUUUGUAUCUUUCCUUGGUGGGUUUGUUUAUUAGGACGAAUUCUUUCCCGAAAAUUGUGGAUAUUGUUGAAGAAAUGGUUAAAAACGGAAUCUUUCUUGGAAUUAAUCAAAGUGCCUUGUUGAUAUACAAGCUUGGGUGUGCUAAAAAGCAUGUUUCGGCUUCAAAAGUGUUUGAUUUGUUGCCUGAUGAUGAGAAGAACACGACAACUUACACUGCUUUAAUGGCAGCUUACUUUGCUUCAAGAAACACAUCUAAAGGACUCCAGAUGUUUAAAGAUAUGAAGGAGGCAGGGAUUCCAGUUGUUCUUGGAACUUAUAAUGUGUUGCUGGCUGGUCUUGAAAAAAGUGGUAGAGUUGUUGAGUUUGAGGUUUAUAGAAAGGAGAAAAAACAGAUGGAAAAAUGUAGAUUUUCUGAAAAUCAAGAAUCUAUAGAAGAAAUGACUUGUAACUUCUUGUUUGCUAGGGAUUAUGUAUCUUGAAGCUUGAAUCUAUUUAUAGUUAUAAGUUUUUUGGUUAUCUUAAACAUGUUGAGCCACUUUUAUGAGCUCCACUACUAUAUGAUGGAUGAUGAAGGGGGAUUAAGAUCGAUUGUAUGUUGGAGUUAUGGGGAUUACAUAUGUCUUUUAAAACUUUGUUCUUUAAUAAUUUUGGGUUGUAAGUAUGGUUUAAU